AUGGGAUCAAGUUGUUCUAUUCUGAACGAUACCGAGUACGACGUCUGGAUCACUGAAAGAAUCAACUGGCAGGUUCUCGCGGUUUCCGUUGGUGCCACCGCCGCACUGCUAAGUGGGGGAAUUGCGGCUUUUCUAGCACUCGGCCCGAUCGAAAUAGGACUUGGAAGCGCGCUCAGUGGAAUGGGUGGAGCAGUAAUCACGACCAAAUUUAAAGAGACUGCAGCAGCCGCUGUGCAAUCCGGUUUAAAUCCUUCUCGACUGACGGUGGUACACGAAUUCUUAGAGUCGCCAUUGAAACGUCUCGCUAAGGCGUUUAAUAUUACAGAAAAGCAAGCUAAAGAUCUUCAAAAGUACGUUCGAGAAUUCCAAGCUGAGGCUAAGUUAAUCCGCCCGGGUGAGAAGUACACAUGGUCAGGCACUCUAUCUCUAACUAAGAGAGUGCAUGUUAUGAAUGAAAAGCUUCAGUUUGAUGACAAAGCCUGUUUUACAGGUCCUACAGAUGGUUCUGAAAAAGUUUAUCGAAUAUCAGAACACUUUACAAAAUUGGAUGUUAAAAAGUAAUCAGAGAAUGUAGAAACUGUAACCGUGCAUUUGUAAUAUCGCGCCAUGAAAAGGAAUCCAAGACAGUAUUGGAUUCUGGAUUCCACGCCUUAGAUUCCGGAUUCCAGGAACUAGGCUCCAGUCUUUGUUUGUGGAAAUUGGAUUCUAAUCUUCAUUGGAAUUCCGGAUUCCAAAGUCCAGGAUUCUGAAUUCUACCUGCAAAAUUUUCUUGGAUUCCGGAUUCCUCAAGUAAAUAUUUGCCGGAUUCCGGAUUUCGGAUUCCGGAAUCUGGAUUCCCUUACAUGGAACAAGUAAUGUACCAAUCAGUCACUGUGUACACUGUUUAAAGUUCCUCUAAAAAUUAUUUAUUGUUUUUUGUUGUUGAUGUAAAGAGUUUGUGUAUUUUCUUAAAGGUUAGUUUGCUGUGUCAUUAUUUGACCGUAACUUGACCUGUAAGUGAAGAUAUGCCCUUAGUUAGAAAUAAAGAUUAACAGCAAAGUACAGGUCACGAGCGAGGGCAAUAAAAAUAGCUCUAUUUUGGUUUGACUGCAUUUCAAGUUAGAUAGGACAGAUAGCACAAGGACUAGCGCAAGGCUAUUCUCGUCCCCAGAGCCCGUCGUUUCUCUUUGUCACGUGGCCUAUGAAUUGAGGCGUGUGGCUCUGGCCUUUGAGGGUAGGCAAGUAACCCUGGGUCGGUGUUUCGUCGAAUUGCACCAUGGGACGGUUUUAGGGAACAAACAUUAGAGACCUUUGGAUUCGAGGACGAUAUUAAACGUAAAGUUUUUUCUCUCGUACUCCCACAAAAUAUUCAUCCCGGACGGCUCCAAUGAACUUUUAUGAACGGUUAUUUUCAAGGAAUGAGGUUAAGGUCUUUCCCGGUCGCAAAAUGAUAAAGUUUCUUACACUAAUAACUUUUCUCGCCAUUACGAUUGUCGCCUGCCUUCGUAGCUGGUGGUUUUUUAAUCUCUGUUUUUUUUUUCGUUUGUGAGAUACAGCCUCGCCCGCUGGUGUCUCUGGGCAGGAAAACACACAAAAAAAACUGCCAGCUGCGCAGGCUCAAUACCAGGGAAAAGAGACCUCAACUUCGUCCCCAGGGGUCCCUUUUGUCAUGCGCUGGAAAAAUCGAUCCACGUCGCUGACCAAAAGGAUCGCGGCCUCUGGGAACGAGAUUGAAGAGACCUCUGCUAGCAGGGAAAUCGUAGGCUAAAUAUCGAUGCGGACGGUGUGAUUGCCUGAUUUGUUAGCACAUGAACCAAAACAUCCUCGGAGACCGAGGGGCAGUCACUCGGGACGGGAGAAAAGGCGCGACGAAAGUAUUCUGAAAACUCGCCUUGCCUUGUCCCAUUGUUGCGAGCGGCCGAUGCGUUUCGGGUCACGUGAUCCGAGCCAAAAAUAAGCCCCUGGGGCCUUCCUGGGGCCGAGGUUGACGAACUAUCGCUGCGGAUUCUUUACUCCCCAGGAAAAAUUCCCCGGACUUGAGACUACUGAGGAACCGACUCCCAGUGAGACAGUCUCGUUAUAUAUUGAAGUCCUUUGUUUCUCUUUUUUACGUCCCCUGGGCCUGUGCAUACAGAAGGACCUUUCCGAGUUGAAUUUAUAGUGUUUAUGAAAAUAAUAUUGAUCUUUACCAGCUUGAAACCGUUUUUUUAGAUUAUUCUUUAAUACUAGGUCUAAGGUCUUGUCUCUUUACUUUUGCCCUUUAGUUCUAUGUAUAGCUUAUGUAUGUAAUCACAUAUAGAGGAAACAACAAUAACAAAACAAGAAUUUCUGGUCUUCCCACCUAGUACAUGACAGAUUAACCGAGAUAAGGCAGUGAAUGGGCAAGACAUUCUCCUUCAUUUGCCACCGUAAUUCCUGUUCAGGGGAAUUUUCAAUCCAAAUUUUAUAAAGUGAUGAAUAUUUAAAUUUCAUUUAUUUUUACUGUGGGAUGAGGUCCCUAUAUAAACUUAGGCUACACUAAAUUGGCUACAUUCACGUGGAAAAAUUUAGAUGCCUAGUUGUUCAAAGAUUUAAAUGCUAAAAAUUCAGAGGUCAAAUAUGUAGCCGGUACGGUUGAAAAUUUGACAGGCGGGCUGUGAACGCCAUAACCAUCUAAAUUUUUGUACAGUAAAGGCGUGGUAGUAUGGAUGUGUGGUAACUCAGCUCAGAGAUGCCAUUUUGGAUCUGCUUAACCCAGAGUAUAAUGUCCCUGAACCGCCCAUGCUGAUCCAUGUCCCUUGUACCACUUGUGACGUUAUCAUUUUUAACAGUCAAAGACAAGUUUGUCAGUUACAUGUAACUGAUGCAGGAUGAGGAGAUCUUUCAAACCAUACUAGAAUGAUGAGCACAAUUCAGUCAAUGAGGCCAGAGAAAAAGGCAAAAAAACAUGUAACAUUGGGUCAAAAAUUCCCAUGAGAAUUUGUUGCAGUACCCAGCUACCUUUCCUUUCAUGUAAUUUUAAUAUCCUGAAAGUUUUCCCAAAAAUUUUUUCCACCGAAUUAACGACUACUAAAUGUCCAGCUGAAGAAAACAAAUGAGGCAAGAAAAGCCAAAAGAAGAGGAGAGGAGCCAAAGUGGAAAGAUCUUGAAAUUGGAAUUUGCCUUCUGGGCAUGCCCAAACUUGACAGAAGCUAAUAUUUUGCAUCUGAUAUGAAGGCUGCAAAGUGUUCAACCUCUUAACAGGCAUUUUGGUAUUUAAUAAUUAAUGAAUGAGGGUGAGUAUCUUAUGAAGAAUUAUGUAUCUUAUGAAGAUUAUGAGUAUCUUAUGAAGAUUGAGGAGGGUGUUUUCCUGAGGCGGAUAACACCCUCCGAGGACUCCAUAAUUCUUCAUAUGAUAUGAAAGCUGAAUUCAAUAAUAAUUUUAUUUUAUUCUUCAAUUUUAUUAUUCAUUCAAAAUAAUUCCUAGUUUAAAAACAUAGCUAACAUGCUUACCUCCAUCGAUGUUAAGUUCAUCUUCGAUAGCGCACGCGUUUAAGGUUGGUCAGCCCCGCAAAUAUUCUCCAAAUAGCAGAUGUCGCCCUUUGAGUUCUCUUCUUGCUGUUCUUGCCAUGUUUUUAGCAAUUAUUUCACCUAGUUGUUACUCUUGAAACAAGUGAAAUGUCGGCCAGUUUUGUUUUCACAACUAAAACAACUCAACCUCAUCCUCAAGUCUUCUAGGUUAACAGUGCAUUUACCUGCAAGGAAGCUGCACUUUUGACGUCAUCGGUUGAUUAAUCGCAAAAUUCUUCCAAAUCUGGUCAUCAGUAGCUGGUUAUGGUGAAUUAUGUGUGUGCUUUUAGCCAUUCAAAAUUGGGGGAAUAUUUUGAAUGAAUAAUGAUAAGUUUUACUCCUUUAUAGCCAGACUGAGACCAGAAAAUCCCUUGACUAGCUUCAAAACAUGGUUUUUGGCAAAAUUCCCAGGAGUGAAUGGGUUAAAUGAACUUGCUUAAGCAGGCCUUUGCUCAAUGGACAAUUGUUAAAACCACCGACAAAGGUUAAAAUUCAACCUGGCUCAUCAGUUCCUUAUGAACAUGUGUGAAAAUAUUGAACAGUUCCAUGUGAAUGAAGUGUCUGUUCUCGUCAAGUUUAUCAUUGUGAACGUAACUUUAUACUACACAAAAUAAUGGUACUGUGAUGCCCAAAAAGGCAAUAGGUAUCCAAAGCUGGGCUGCCUGGUGACCGCCUUUGCCUGUAAAAGUAGUCACCUUCAUCCACAGAAUAGUGUGACUCAGCAGGUGUAAGGACAAUUAAUUCACUCAGGGCUUCUUCUAUGGGGGGUCCUCAGUUCUGUUGAAGCUGGCUGGGGUCUCUUAUUUAUUCGACACUUUUAGAGUUGCUGUUUUACUUUAGCUCAGUAAAUAUGUGCUUAUAAUGCUUACUUUUUAGUACCAGUAAAUUCAUUUCUCUUUUACUGUACUGUUGUGGAAGAAAUCACGGGAUUCCACUUUGUUGACUGUUGUGGACACGGUGUUGACUACAUUCAAAUAAAUGUUUGAAGUUAAGAAUUUCUCCUUCAAAACUCGGUGUCCCCUAUAAAAAAGGAGUAUUCUCACUUAACAGUAUUUUUAACACACCUCUGUGGUAAAAUGUCACCUUUCAGUGAACAUAUUGUGAGUUCCACAAAUUGAACCCUGAUUAAAGCAUUUUAUUCCCUGAAUACUGCUUCCUGUACUUGCACCAAAAAUGUCACUUUAAAUAUACAGUGUACGUGUACGUGUCCUUGUACUUGUACGUUGAAGAACUGUUUGCUCUUGCAGAAAAACAACAACAAAAAAUGGCGCCUAGCUCUACCAUGUGCUCUCCGGUCACAUGACUAUCAUGUGACCGGAAGUGCGAACCAAAACGCAGAUAUGCAAAUAAAAACAAAACAACAAAAAAAAAAAAAAGGGAAAAAUAAAACAAAUAGAAUAAAAUAAACUGACGACGGUCGGUAGUUACACAUAUAUCAACCAUCUCAACCACAAUGCUUCUAAAUCCUAUAUCAGUUGAUACCCAGCAAAACCCCCUCUCUUGGGUGUUGGAUCGUGGAUGUUGUAUCUAAAAUUGUUGGUGGCUAGGAAUAUGGUCAAAAUACAAACAAAAACCUUUAUACCUUCCGUUUUUACUGCCCAGCAUAAUAAUAAUAAUAAUAAUUUCUAUGUGCAUUAGUGUAUAAUUACUUCAUGACGUCAAGGCUCAGUCAUGUCGUUUUCUUUUUAGGUUAUCAUGAAUAACUCAGAUGAUCAGCAGCCUUGCAACUCAUCUGUAAUCAUUCGUGCGCCUCUCAGUUCUGAUCAAUUGGAAUGCCAGAAGAUGAUUAGAAGAAGUAGUGAUGAGAUUCUGAGCCAUAUAACAUUCGGUUAUCUGUCAAAGUUGUCAUGGUAUGUUGUCAUAACAACUAUCUUUUCGGCUGCUGCAGCCACAUUGUGGUCAUUGUGGAUCUUUGUACUUUAUAUUAUUGUGUUUGCUGUUGUUGUUGUGUAUCCUUAUUUCAAAUGGCGAUCUAUCUUUAAGCGCUGGCAAAAUUCAGUGUUAAAGGCAGAAAUAAGGGAAGGUGUCAGCUGUCAUACUUGGGUGGCUGAGUGGAACAGUAAAUUUGUUGGAAUGGUGAGACUCUGUCAUAUUGACCCAUGUAUUGCUGAACUCAAGCACAUGUUCGUUUUACCAAGCUGUAGAGGAAUGGGAAUCAGUAAUAAUCUGCUCGGUGAAUUAAUCAGAUAUGCUAAAAGAGAGAGGCUAAAAAAGGUCGUGUUGUUUGUAUCAAGUGUGCAGACACCUGCGGUACAACUCUAUAAGAAGCAUGGUUUUAAAGUGGUGUCAACAGAGAGGCCAUUUUCUAUAAACAUGCUUGUGUUCCAGCGGCUUAACCUUGAGUUGCAGCUUUGA